AUGAAGUACAACCUUCGAGUCCUAGUUCCAUCACCGGUCGGCGAUGCUGAAAUCAACACCCAGUACGAGGACAUCCUCGACGUGUCCUUUGCAAACUGGGAGACAAAGAAAGCGCCAAAGAAGUUGACCCAACAGUUAAUCCCCUCAGACGCGACAACUGUCCGCCAGCUUCUCAGCCGGCAGUUUUGCUCUGGGGUGGCCCCACGGCCGUGGGCUGCCGGGAGCCUGCUCUCGUAUUCAAGCACCCCACCGGUCGCCGCGGAAGACCUGCCGCCUUGGGUCUUCUGCGUGGACCACUACUCUGCCGACACUGCCGUCCACAUACCGAAGGAUGAUGCCGUUCUGGCAUUACCGAGCACCUUCCGUUCGGUAAUCCAUCCCGGCGAUCGCGGCACCCCGCUACCAUUCUGGCUCUUGGACUUGUGGCGACGUCUGCGCAACGUCCAUACGGUUCAGUCCAAUGUCGAGCGUGGACUGGAGUGGCUCAGCGAAGUUGGACGACAAGAAGAAGUUGACAGAGCGGUCGUCAAAGUACAGACUGCCCGAAUGCUCGACCUGCCAGCGUUGCUGCACCCAUGGUGUGACCUCUUCUUGCAUCUGACCACGGACGACUGUGACCUCAACGACGAGUUGAUCGACGCAGUCGUCGCUAUUGUGAUGCGUCAUACCGACCGCCUCACCCGCCCCCUCCACGUCUAUUCCCCUAUCGUGACGCAACUGUCACCGGUAGACUUGGUCGACCUCUUCGGCAAACUCACCGCUCGAGGUGACUUCGCUACUGACAGCAUCAUCUGCCUCCCGUGGUAUAUUGGCGGCGAGUGGGUGUUCGUACUCAUCAACAUGGCAGGUGAUGACAUCAGAAUCGGUUAUUGCAUCCCCCAACACGACCACGAUGGCUUACUCGAGAUCGCCAUGCGCACUGCGAUCCAGAUCGCUCACACGGUGGAAGUGUCGGUGCGCCAGACUCGCACCGACUGGAUAGUGCGCAAAUAUCAGCGUGGGGAUGAAGAUCAAGAAGCCUCCGUCUUGUCUGGGCUUGCUAUCGCUGUAGGAUUUCUGAAGAACCUUUUGGAAGGGUUGACGGUUUUCUCGAGCGAAACAGCACGAAGACAUCGCAUAGAAGUCCUCUUUGCCAUCUUGGACCACCACCCUCAUAAUCCGGUCAUCUUGGAAGAUGAGAAGCUGAGUCUGUGGGAGUCGCAGGACACAUACCGGCCACUUCCGACCAGACUGAUCGCCACUCGUCUUCUCCCGGACACUGGUGCCUCCCUUGACAGUCCUUUCCACAUCGCCGCCGGUGUUCACGCGGACACUCGAACCACCGUUCACGCGGACACUCGAACCACCGUUCACGCGGACACUCGAACCACCGUCGUCUUCCUCGACCGCCCCAUCAAAGCCAUUUACCCCCCCCGGAGGGCAGAGCCUGAUGGGUGGUGUCUCGUCGUCCUCCCCCCUGUCCACAGUUACGCGACUGCUGGCGCGCUCCUCCAGGCCCGACUCUCCACUGUCGGAAUUCACUCGGAAGCUCACCAUGCCCGUGACUGCCGAACCGUCUCCUCCGGUAUUCAGCCGAAGGCUUGCCAUUCCGUCGACGACAUCCUCUUCGCAGCCGGUAUUCACCCGCACACUCGAGUCGCCGUCGGCAUCCUUGACCGUCCCAGGCCCACCACCGGCUUUCACACGAGGGCUCGCCGUCGAGUCCAAACCGACGUCGUCACAGCCGGUAUUCAUGCGAACGCUUGCACCUGCCGACGCUUCGCCACCGGCAUUCAUCCGGCAACUGGCCCGCCCUCCAACACCGACCUCUGCACCACCGGUGUUCACUCGCACACUGUCCAGUGCUGUGGAACCCAUGCCACCGGUGUUCGCACGUAG